UCUAAUUAGGGUUUUUAUCUCUCCUUCUUAACUGACUAACUUCCUCAUUCCAAUCUCUAGUCUAGUUUCAGCUUCUUCUUUUGGGGGCGAUGAAAGAUAAAAAGAAAGCUGCAAAAAUAGGGAUCGGCGAAGAUGUUACAGUUUCUGAUAGGAUCAGUUAUUUACCUGACGAUUUGCUCUUCCGAAUCCUCUCACUAGUCCCAAUAACCGAAGCAGUUAAUACAAGCAUACUCUCUAAACGAUGGACAUCUGUGUGGAAGAUGAUGCCAAUGCUUGAGUACGAUGCAAAAUCUUGUAGCUUUAUAAAAUUUUGUAGAAGGUCACUGAAAUUACAUGAAGCUCCAGUUCUCCAAACCCUAACUAUUAGACAGAAGGAACAGACGAGUUAUCAUCUUAAACUCCCAAACACAGUCUUCCAAAAACUCGUGGUCCUGAAACUCUACAAUAUCACUCGUCUUGAUUUUUCUGGUAAGUCAUCGCUUUGUUUCCGGUCCAUGAAAAGUCUACACCUCACACGUGUGAGGUUCCAUGGGAAAGAAUAUUUCUGCAGGCUAGUAUCGUCUUGUCCUGUUCUUGACGAGCUCUUCUUGGAUACCGUUACCACUGACCUCCGCUGUUGCUGUUCAUUUACCGCUUGCAAAUCUGUAUUCACCAUAUCGGUCCCUUCUCUAGAGAGAUUGGAGAUAAAAGAUUAUUCUUCUGUUAGCACUUAUCCUAGCAAGGCCUCUAGGUUCAAGAUUAAUGCUCCUUCUUUGAAGAACUUAAAUUUAUACAUCAACGGUAGCAAUUUCGAGUUUUAUGAGGAACGGCCCAAGUUGGUGGAGGCUAGUCUCCUUGUUGAUUCUUCUCAAACUGACAACCUUUUCAGAUUUCUUACUUCCGUGGAGUUUCUUUCCAUACAUUUAUAUCCUACCAAGGUAACUCACAUCAUCUUUCACAGCCAGUCUUAUUUUAAAUUUUAA